CUCAAAUCCAGUGUUGCCUAACGUCUCUCACAUACACGCACACAUACACACAUCUGAGAAAGAGAGAGAAAGAACGAUCCUCAAAACUCAAAAUUAUUUUUCCCAAUAAUUCCAUUUCCUUUGCGCCAAUCAACGACCCCACAAACAAUCAAAAUUUUCCCACAAAAACGCACUCUCUCUCUCUCUCUCUCUCUUAAACCCCCCUCUCCCUUGUUGCCAUGCCAGCUUCCCCUUCAGAAAACCGAACCAAAUGGAGGAAGCGGAAGAGAGAAUCUCAAAUCAGCAGGCGUCAACAAAAGCACGAAGAAGACGACGACGACGAAGAAGAAAACCCCAAUGCGGAGGAAGAUCACCUGGAACGCGAUUACGAUUCGGAGGACCAAACCCACCACAACCACAACCACCCUAAUUUCGAGAUGGAGGUUCUCUCUGACCACGUGGUCCAGAUUUCGCAGUUCCCUUUUGUGAUAAAGCGCUCAGUGAAUCGUCCUCACUCGUCUGUUACCGCAAUCGUGGCUCUGGAGCGUGUUAUGGAGUCCGGCGAUAGCAGCAAGGGUCAGCUCCAGAAUCCUCCGUUUUUGGAGAAUGUGUCACAUGGACAGCUCCAGGCACUCUCCACCGUGCCCUCUGAUAGCCCCGCUUUGGAUCAUGAUCGCAGUGAUUCCUCUUAUGUCAUUACUUCACCUCCCAUUUUGGAAGGCCGUGGCGGUGUUAAGCGAUUCGGAACUAGGGCUCUCGUACUCCCCAUGCAUUCAGAUUGGUUUUCACCGGCCACGGUUCAUCGACUGGAGAGACAAGCAGUGCCACAUUUCUUUUCAGGGAAAUCGCCUGAUCAUACUCCAGAGAAGUACAUGGAAUGUAGGAACUACAUUGUUGCACUAUACAUGGAGGACCUGGGGAAGAGGAUUGUCGUUUCUGAUUGCCAGGGAAUAUUGGUUAGGGUUGAUAAUGAAGAUUUAACUCGAAUUUUCCGGUUCCUUGAUCACUGGGGGAUUAUCAAUUACUGUGCAAGGAUGCCAAGUCAUGAGCCUUGGGAUGCUUUGUCCUGUCUGAGGGAGGAGACAGGUGGAGAGAUCCGUGUGCCAUCCGAGGUUUUGAAAUCCAUUGAUAGUUUGAUUAAAUUUGACAAGCCCAAGUGUAAGCUCAAAGCAGAUGAAAUUUAUUCGUCUUUGACAAUACGUAAUGCUGAUGUCUCUGAUUUGGACAACAGAAUAAGAGAGCAUCUAUCUGAAAAUCAUUGCAAUUAUUGUUCUCGUCCUCUUCCUGUUGUAUACUAUCAGUCUCAAAAAGAGGUUGAUAUUUUACUCUGCACUGAUUGCUUUCAUGAUGGGAGAUUUGUCAUUGGUCAUUCGAGUAUAGAUUUUAUAAGGGUGGAUUCUACCAGGGAUUAUGGAGACCUAGAUGGGGAUAGUUGGACUGAUCAAGAAACUUUACUGCUACUGGAAGCAGUGGAGAUUUACAAUGAGAACUGGAAUGAAAUUGCUGAGCAUGUUGGUACCAAGUCAAAAGCACAAUGCAUUCUUCAUUUUCUCCGUCUACCUAUGGAAGAUGGAAAAUUGGAAAAUAUCAAUGUUCCAAGCAUGUCUUUGCCAUCCAAUGUGAUGAAUAGAGAUGAUAAUGGAAGAUUGCAUGGUUACUUGAACGGAGAUUCUGCAGGUCUGUUUUAUACUUCUAAACCAACUUUCUUUGAUAUGGUUUUGAUUUCAUAUCCUGUUCUCACAGGACCUGUCCAUCAAAUCAGAGAUUCUGACAGCCGGCUUCCUUUUGCAAAUUCUGGAAAUCCUGUUAUGGCUCUGGUUGCCUUUUUAGCCUCUGCGGUUGGACCGAGAGUAGCAGCUUCUUGUGCUCAUGCUGCAUUAGCAGUAUUGUCAGAGGAUAAUUCUGGCAGCACGUCGCAGAUGGAAGCACCAGGACAUGAUAAUAGGAAAAUUCCAGAAAACACACAUUGUAGAGAUGGUGGCUCUCGUGGAGAAACUGCAAAUUCAAAUAAUCAAAAUGACGAUAAGGCAAAAGUACUUGGUUCAUGGGGUCAAAGUGAAGGUAGGAUAACCCCACUCUCUGCUGAGAAAGUUAAAGAUGCAGCUAAAGCAGGCCUCUCUGCUGCAGCAAUGAAAGCUAAAUUGUUUGCCGAUCAUGAAGAACGAGAAAUUCAGAGACUAUGUGCUAAUAUAAUUAAUCAUGAGUUGAAAAGAUUGGAAUUGAAGCUGAAACAGUUUGCGGAAAUUGAAACAUUGUUGAUGAAAGAAUGCGAACAAGUCGAGAGGGCAAAGCAGAGGUUUGCUGCUGAACGGUCCCGCAUUAUAUCAGCACGUCUUGGAACUGGGGGAGUCACACCUCCAAUGAAUGCAUCAGGUGUUGGUCCUUCAAUGGCUAGUAAUGGCAGCAAUAGGCAACAAAUGAUCUCUGCUUCUCCCUCGCAGCCUAGCAUCUCAGGGUAUGGCAACAACCAACCAGUUCAUCCACACAUGUCCUUUGCCACACGACCUUCAAUGUUUGGGUUGGGGCAAAGAUUGCCCCUAUCUAUGAUACAGCAAUCGCAAUCAGCUUCUUCAAAUGCCAUGUUCAAUGCCCCUAGUAAUGUGCAGCCCACUACCAAUCAUCCAUUGUUGAGGCCUGUAUCAGGAACUAACUCUGGUUUAGGUUAAUUAGUAUGGAGUAGAUGUAAGUUUUGAAACUUCAAUGGUGCAAUUUUAUUUGGUCAUUGAUUUCAGCAGUGAAGAGGAAAUUAGGGUGAUGUGCCAAGAAAGUUAUUUAUAGAGCCUGUAAUUGGUUCCAGUUGAUUGUGAAACUGUUGCUUAGAGGAAAUAAGUAGCAUUUGAUGUUCCAUAGUUCUAGUUUCUUUCCUGUGGACUUUAGGUACCGUGAAAAUUUAUUGUCUUCAGUGACACAAAUCUUGUUUAGUUAGAUUACACAAAAAACUAAUUACUUGGAUGAAUAAAUGACCAGGAUAUGGUGACUUGUGUCUCC